ACAUACCACUCUCCUCUUGUCGGGGACGUUCUCCCCAGCGGCAGCGACGGUAAUAGCCUUGUGACGUCAACCCUAGAAACGUGUGGGUCUGGCUAAAGUUUUUGAACUUCCGACAUCGGCCGGUGUUGGUCCAUUGUCAAUCCUCUCGUGACGACCGGAGAAACGAUCGUCGAGGCAUACCGGCAGGAGAAGUGUGGAUCCGGUUGUUCGGAGAAUCCUGACACUUAAUCUCGGGCCCGGAUUCGGUGCGAUUCUCUCCCCUCCAAUCGUUUUUAAGAAAAAGACUUUUAUUCAAAGUCAGAAUCUUAAUCCCUUACGUACCUCUCGUAACCGAACCCCAACCUCCGAUCUCCUAUUUGGGUGGCAGCUCGACUCUUGGGCUUAUUUAAUCUCAUCCCCUCAACAACAUACUCUUGUAACCAGAAAAACAAAGAGUGUGUUUGUCGACGACAGAGAGUAGCCUCGUCCACAUGCAGUAGUCGUCCAAUUUAGGUUUGUAGUUGUCUUUCCACAUAGGGUCACCCCGACCUAAUAAUAAUGACCUCCUUUUGUUUAAAGCAUUGCCGUUGUAUUUACCUAAUUCCAUAAGUCAUGAAGAGAGACAAACAUUUGACUCUCAGCACUCUGAUGAAGGGCUUCAUCAGAUUCUAACGACUUAAGUAAUUGUUUUCAAGUGACUGCAAUGGCUCGUGUACAAGAAGACCAGAUUAUUCAAUUAUCUUUGGAUGAGGUCCAACCUGCGAGUUUUCAAAGCUCUUGUGCUUUAGUGGGAAGGCUGUUUAUGGACAUCAAAGCUCUUGUGCUUAAGGACUCGUUGAAUGUCCCUUGGCAGGGGAAAGGAAGGAUUAGAGUGAUGGUGGUGAAGCACAGUUUAUUUGAAUUCGUGUUGCCAAGUGAGGCAUCCAAGAAUUGGGUGCUGAAAAGAACACCCUGGAUGAUAAAAGAUAAAAUCCUCCACCUCCGUGCAUGGACAUCUAACAUCACGAAGCGAACAUUUAAUGAACUCGUCAUGACUCCCUUUCGUGUCCAAAUGUGGGGCAUGAAGGAAGAUUGAUGUACAAAGCAGUUUGGAAGAAAGAUGGUGAACAACACAAUUGGCCAUGUCCUAGAAGCAAGUGUGUUUGCCUGCACGGACACUGACCAAUGCUUCGUCAAGGUCAGGGCCCUGAUUGAUUUUUCCAAGCCGUUGAGAUCGCAACUAAUGGCCGCUAGUGAUGAAACAGGUUGCUUUUGGCUUAACCUAAAGUAUGAAUACUUGCCCACCUUUUGCUUCCAUUGUGGACGAGUCAGCCAUAUGAUGAAUGUUUGCUCGUUUGACUCUCCCACGCGGAAGGAAAAUUUUGGCCCGCACAUGUCCACCAAGAAGUUGGGGACAAGAAUUUAUGAUGAUGAGGAUGAAAUCCCUUCGUAUCGCGGAGGAUCAAAAUCGGUGUGGGUUAACAAGGACAUCAGAGAGCACAAGGAUGCUAAAGCUAGACCUGGGUAGGUGCUCGAGAAAGAGGAGGUCAGGUUGGCCAAUCCCGAUGAGUCAAGUCAGGUGCGUCAUAUGAAGCAACUGGAGGUUCCUGUGCAUUCCAUGCGAACUAUAGAGGAGAUGCCGAGUCGGGGCAAAAGCCCUUGUGACUUCCCCCUGAAGAAAUUGCCCAAGAUUCACGUAGGCCGGGUUCUCUGCAGAUCAAUGCCAUAGAAGGAAUAUUGGAGGACCUCUCGUAUUGGACGAGUACAGGGUUCCCAUCUUGCGAGGAAAAAAGCUUGUGCAGUCUCAUGAAAGGGACGAGCAUAUGUUGUUUCGGUUGGCUAGGGAUACUUCGAAUGGGGUGUCCCACCAUGCAGGGAAGAGGCUUGUGCGGCUUCAUGAAAGAGACGAACAGGUGUCGUCUCGGACUGCUAGGGACAAGUCGGAUGUUGUGCAAUUAGGGAAGGGGAUGGAAGAGUUGGAGGCGAAACCAGUUUACUCUGACCUCCCACGUGACAUGGCCCGACGUAGGAGAUUAAUUCUUGAAGAUGAUCUCCCGCCCUUGAAGCCUCCCAUGACAGCCAUGCAACGUCAGGAAUCGAUUUGUCAUGACAAGGGGAAGGGAAAUGUGAAACAGCGGGCAGCUGGCCUGGUUUCGAUGAAGAAGGGCAGGAAGAAUGGGAACCUCCCCAAAUCGCUCGCAUACAGCUAAGGAGCUCCAAACCUCAACUGGAACAGGCUAAGAAAAAUGUUCGGCCUCGAUCUGUCAAUUUGGAGAAGGAAACGACUCCGCGGGUGGAGGAUAUGGUGAUUGCGGAUGGGGAGAGACAUUAGGUUCUGCCCCGACGCCGCCUGGCCAGAAUUCGCCAUCACGGUCUUGGGAGAAUGCCCAGCUGAAAGAUCAAGCUCUCUCGAACUCGGAGACGUCUCUCUCGGAGGGUGACGAGCAAUGCUUUGAGAUUAAGAGUUGCGCCCCAAGUAGGGUUCAGAUCGAUGUUUCCAGAACCAUCUGAAGCCGUGUGGGGAAGGUGGUGGCGGCUUUUGAAUCCGACGACAUGCUGCUUAACAUGGGUGGAGAGGGUAUUCGUGUCCCUACGGCGUUGGGACAUGAAGUUAUGAAGAGACCUGCUUCGCCACAAGCCUCUGAAAGGGAGAUGAUCUGGAAGUUGAAUAAAUAGGGGACAAAUAUCCUUGAUUCAAAUACUGGUGGAAAAAGCGUGCUCUUCAGGAGGUGGUUGGAGAGGUUAAAGAUUGUCCCACGCCGAAGAAACGAUUUGUUGAAGAAAAGUCGAAUGAUGAAAAGGUAGGAAGCCAGCCUUGAGUGGCCCCAAUCGGAUAAAUGAGGCUGAUGGCCUGGAAUGUGAGGAGAAUUGGACCAUCACUCACAUUCCAGACUGCUGCGGGAGACAGGGGUGGUGGGGCUGGCAGUGGAGGGCUGCUGCGAUGGAGGACGCGCCAACGGUGGAAGGUUGCGGCGGUGGAGGAUGGCUGCGUGAGAGAGGGAGGAGGGGGAGAGGGGGUGGGAAGAGUUAGGGUUUUGUUUUUAAUUUAUAUGGGAGGGUAAAUGAUUGUGUGUGGUAAAUCUUUUCCAUUCCAAAAAUACCCUUCGUUUAAUCUUAACCAUCAAUUUGAAAAAAAAGAAGAAAGAGACAUGAGAGAGGGUGUAUCCAAUGGGGAGGAGGUGGGUUGUCAAACUCACAACCCCCUGGGCCUGUUUACUUUCAUUUCUGUUUCCUGUUUUUGAGAAAACAAAUGUUGAAAACAGGUGAAAACAACAUUUUGUCGUUUCCGAAAACAGCAGGAAAUUGCCACUUUCUGUUUUCAUAGUUGGAAACGAAUAGAAAACAGAAUGAAAAGUAAACAAGUUUUCUCAUUUCGGUUGCCAAAUUUAUCACAUGAAAACAGAAAACAGGAAACGAAAAUGGAAGUGAACAGGGCCUUAAGGGGUUGUCACUAGGGGUGGAAAUCGGUACGGUAUCGAUAUCCCAAUACCAAAUACCAAAAUCCCGAAUACCAAAUUACACCCUAAAAUCAAUCCCAAUCCCAAUCCCUAAAUAAUUUCGUCCCAAUCCCUAAAUAAUUUCGGUAUCCCAAUCGGUACCUCGGUAUCCCAAUCGGUAUUAUUGAAUACAUAAUUAAUUACCUUUGUAAUUAAUAAUUAAAUAUAUA